AUGAGCAUCGGGAUGGGAAUUGAAAAGAAGCACCGCGCAGAGGCAUUUUUACCUUUCAACAUUGCGCAGACCAUGCCGUCUUCAGAUGUACUGUCUUUAUCUUUCCUGGCUGAUGCCUUCCAAGAUUCCAGUGCCUGGAACAUGUCUAAUGGACAAGAGUUCGGAAAUGAAGUGUGGGCCGUAGCUCGUCACCAAGUCGAACAGACGACCCGACGAAGUAAUACCAAGUGUAAAGGAUUGCUGGAGGUCCACUCGCACAGCGAUGGCGGUCUCGAACCGUGGAUGAGACCUUUUGCAGUUGAUUUUCUACAUCGCACUGUGAAGGACUUUCUAGCUUCCAGAGCAAUGCCGGAUAUAUUGGACGCAUACUCUCCUCCUCAAUUUGACGCCUGGACUUUGCUAUCUCAAGCAACAUUUGCUCAGCUCAAGAUGAUCGAUUGUGUACACGGCAGUUUCAAUGCACUUGUUAACAUGUUUUUACAGCAUCUCAGAAGCUUCGAGGUCGCCACGGGCAAAACUAGUGUCAGUCUGAUUGAUUAUUUCGUUCUCUAUGUCAAUCCGUGUUUUUGUGACCAGAACAAGCAGGCUGGAAAGUAUGACUUCAGCAGCUCCACAAUAUUGAUGGGAAUUAAAUCUUGA